UCAAAUACUACAAAUUAUCUACAAAAAAUGGAGGAGAAGAUACAAAAAAUGGAGAAAAAAAUUGAGGAACAAAAGGCAACUAUCCGUCAAGAAGUUGUUGCAGAUAUCCUUGCACGACUUCAGUGUUCAGGAAUUGAUAUUGAUGCUAACAUUAUUCUAGCAGCAUUGGGUGAUAAUUUUCCAGGAGAAGCUUCUUCUGCACAACAAACAACUUUGCAACCAAUCCGUCGUCCAUCUACUAAUAGCAACAAAGAAGGCCAACUCAUUCCAGGUGCAGUGAUUGCGGAUGAAAGCAGUGACGAAGACCUUACUUGAGUGUUGUUGAUCGUUGUUAGACUUUCUAUUAUUAUGUUUGAGGAUAUUUUAGUUUAGAACUUUUUGUAUGCAAACUCAUCUAUUUUGACUUUUGAAUUGUUUGACCAAA